AGAGUAGUAGUUAGCUAGGAAUUCAUAGUCCAUAAUUGACUUUCUAUUUUGAAACUACUUUUUUGAAGUAUUUUGAAUUAGUAUUCUGAUUAUUUCAAUUCAAAGUAAAUGUGAUUUCGGUCAGAUUAAAAUGUUCGAGAAAUCCAAAUUAUAACGUGUGCUAUAUGAUAUAAUAAUCUACCGUUAGAUGAAUUCACUUUUUUAAAGAACAAAACAAUAAACAAGAUUGUAUGAUAAAACUGUUAGGCGCUACGCAGCGCUGCGUUUCGAACUUGCUUUCCACAGGUCGUCGCUCUUCAGUUCGUCGCCUCUCGUUACGAAAGUUAGUCGCGACGAUGAUAGCCCUUGCCGUCGCCGCCGGUGUGUUCGCAGCCGCUUGGCUCAACAUAGGUUUCUAUUAUUCUCUCACAGCUUCCGUGCUUCUGGUUGUUCUAUAUUUGAUACUCGUUCAGAAAAAAUUCUGCUACGUGGCGAUAAAAACGAUUCCACGGGAUGUAAAGGCAUUAUACACAUACAUACAGAUAUUAUGGAUAACUCGAAAGUUCAGCAAGUUGAAUCUCACUGUACCAGAUAUAUUUCAUGACACAGUGCAAAAGCAUCCAGAUAAAGCAUGUUUCUUAUUCAAGGAUGAAGUAUGGACAUUUAAAGAGGUGGAAGAUUACAGUUUACGUGUAACAGCGGUUUUGAAAUCGCAAGGCGUUAAGAAAGGAGACAUUGUUGGUCUCCUUUUCAACAAUUGUCCCCAGAUGCCGGCUGUAUGGAUGGGUAUAGCCCGUCUCGGCGGCGUUGCGCCUCUGAUUAAUACGAAUCAGAGAGGCAACGCUUUAUUGCAUUCCAUAAACGUCGCUAAAUGCGACUAUUUGAUAUUUUCCGACGAGUAUCAAUCAGCCGUUCAAGACGUAGCGGGUCAAUUGAGUCCGUCAUUAAAACUUUACAAAUUCACUCACCGAGACCUGAACAGUUCGAGCGGAAAGUCCGGGGAGGGCGGCGACGCGAUCCAAGAUUUUACAAACUUAUUGGAAACGACGCCGCCUGCGACUUGGACGUUGGCUGACGGAGACGGAUUCGAAGGCAAACUGCUGUAUAUAUAUACGUCCGGAACUACAGGGCUUCCUAAGGCAGCUGUUAUAUCGAAUGCGAGGUUCGUAUUCAUGGCAGCGGGUAUCCACUUCUGGCGUCUCAAUUCUUCAGAUAUCAUAUAUUGUCCGCUGCCUUUAUACCACACAGCGGGAGGAGUGAUCAGCGUGGGCCAAGCACUGAUUCUUGGAUGUACAGUCGUGUUGAAAGCAAAGUUCUCAGCUUCGCAAUACUUCCCUGAUUGUGCGAAAUAUAACGCUACGGCCGCCCACUACAUAGGCGAGAUGUGUCGUUACGUCCUAGCGACGCCGCCGUCGCCCGCCGACACGCAACACAACGUGCGCGUCAUCUACGGGAACGGACUAAGGCCACAAAUAUGGACGGAGUUCGUAAAAAGAUUUAAUAUUAAAUAUGUAACGGAGUUUUACGGGGCAACAGAAGGCAACGCUAAUAUAGCGAACACUGAUGGUACUCCAGGAGCCAUUGGCUUUGUGUCACGGAUCAUUCCGAGAGUUUAUCCGAUCGCCAUCAUCAAAGUAGACCAAGAGACAGGAGAACCGAUAAGGGACCAGAAAGGCCUUUGUCAGUUGGCCGAGCCUAACGAGCCGGGCGUGUUCAUCGGUAAGAUCCAGACGCGGAACCCGGCGCGCCAGUUCCUCGGCUACGUCGAUAAAUCCGCGUCCGAGAAGAAAAUCGUCAGGGACGUGUUUGAGUAUGGCGAUUCUGCCUUUAUAUCCGGCGACAUCCUGGUGGCGGACGAAUUAGGUUAUCUGUACUUCCGCGACCGCACCGGAGACACGUUCCGGUGGCGCGGAGAGAACGUCUCCACCACAGAGGUCGAGGCGGCCGUGUCUAGAUGUGCCGACCAUAGAGACGCCGUUGUCUAUGGCGUAUUGGUGCCGAAUAUCGAAGGUCGGGCGGGUAUGUGCGGGCUGGUGGACGCGGCGGGCACGCUGGACCUGCGCGCGCUGCACGAGCGUCUGGCGCGCGACCUGCCCGUCUACGCGCGACCAGUCUUCAUGAGGAUCAUGGACAGCGUCGAUAUGACCGGUACAUUUAAGAUGAAAAAGACUGAUCUCCAAAAGGAAGGUUUCGACCCGGCUUUGGUGAAGAAAGACAAACUUUAUUAUUUAGAUCCGAAAUUGGGACAGUAUCUGCCCCUGGGGAAGGAGGAAUACGAGAAAAUCAUCAGCGGACAAAUCAGGCUGUGAUGCUUAACGUUUAUUAACGCGACAAAACAUUUCUGGAUAAUCUGUUCGGCAUUGUGAAUGUCAUGAGUCUUCUGUGACAAAUAUUGACAUAAUAUGAAAUGUAUUUAUCGAUAGCAAUAGCAAAAAAAUACAAUAUUCGAAUCUGAUAUCGACUUUAACACAUUGACUGCCGGCCGUGUAGGUCACCGGUGACCUACAUGGCGCAUUGAA